UCGCACAGACCCUUUCUGUCCUCAGAUCCUCCAAGCAUUCACUGGAUCUGCUCUUUAGUCAUCAUUGUUUGACCUGCUUGCCUUCAACGUAUUGCUAUGCUUUCUAAAUUGAAUUGCUUUCAGAAUCAUUUCAGGAAAAAUUGAGUUUCAGAGCCUGCCUUGUCUUAACCAGUCUCCCAGUGUUGUGGGCCCAAGGACAAAGCAAUCAAUCCCAAGGAAAGAGUAAGCAUGUUUCAGUAGCAGGGCACUAGAGAUCCGUUGUGAACCAAAUCACGAGUGUAACACACUGUACUGGCCCUCAGAGAUUCCUCAGCACACACACUCAGGUGGUCUUGCUUCACUGUUACUAGAAGUCAACAGUCACUGCUGCCCCCUACUGGCAGCAGAGCAGAACACCUGCUGGAGGAACUCAGACUUCCUAAGCAGCAAUUUCUCUUGAAAGCUUCAACAGUCCCAUCCAUCAGUUUGCAACAAUGAAAUCAGAAAGAACUGUCACUGUAAAAAGUAUUUUGAAAAUAAUAAUAUUAUAUAAUGGAGGAAUGGGACUUAAUGCAAGGCUUGUAGCGUGUGCCUUUGAGACCAUAAAUGAAAUGCUUAACUAAUGAGACACCAGAAGAAACCCAUCACUACUCUGGACCGACAGGAAGGGCUGAGCUGCACAGAUGGCCAUUACUAUGGCUGAUAGCUCCAUAUUCUGGAUGUUCUGCACCAGUGCCAAUAUUGAUCUGUACUGAAGACCAUAGUUGCCAUUGAAAUAAAGGGACCAGCUCUGUCUGAAGAGCCAGCACAUGUAUCAGUUUCAGAGGAGCUCAAGCAGAAACAGAACCACAUAAAACCAGCACUUCAGUUAUUAGUUAUUUGUUAGUAUUCAGACUUCUGGUUGCUUCUGAGCACAGAGCUGAAUGUGUGUUGAGGUUCGUCCUUGCUGAUAAGUACAAGAAGAAUAUGAUACCCAAAGGCACUGUGUAGCUUCCUGGCCUAAAAUAGGGCACAGUGUGACCUCAUUGUGGUCUUUUUAUAUAGUCCUAGCAUGAUGACACUUGUGCCAAGCGUCUGACCCUCUUCCUGUGGACACUAACCUAACUCAGCUCAGUGGAAACACUAAGGUCUCAUAGAGCUGUGUUGGGGGAAUCCUUUUUGAUUUUCAUCAGCGGUGAGUUAAAUCAUCAAUUCACCUGUGCCCAGUCACCUCUCUCACUAAUGAGAUCCUUAUGCAGCAGUCAAAGCCUUGACAGUGGUUAAGCAACAUUUUAAAAGCAUGUUUCUCACGACAGCCAAAUGCAGGGGGGACAAAGAGCAAAACCACUUGUCAGAUUUAAACCUUAGGAACAUUGUAUCGGGCGAGAUGCAUAGAAAUACUGUUCCUGAGAUAAAAUCUUCUCCCGCGUCAUUUUCAAGCAUUUUAGCGCUCAGCAGAAACAAGCCCCCGAGGUCAAAGAAGGAAACCUUAAGAAAAGUAAAGUAGCAGAAAAAUCAGCAAAACAUUCAUCUGAAUGCUGUGUAGACGCAAUGGCAAACCUGCGCAAUUAUUAGAGACACGGUUGGCACCUCAGAUACGCUGAAAACUUCAGAGGGAGGCGCAGAGGAUGAUUUGUAGACACUCCCAAUACACCAAGAACCGAAACUUAAAUCAUUUUUUUUUGCGCUUUCGCUGCGGCGGCUCUGAGAUCAACGCCGACCCAGCUGGGCGGGAUGGAUUGUUCGGAAGACCAGAUGGAGAAACUCCGCAGGGAUCUGAGCUGUCCGGUCUGUUCUGACCUCCUCAAGGCCCCGGUCCUGCUGGAAUGCGGACACCACUUCUGCAGGGAGUGUAUCCGUAGCCGCUGGGAGGGACCCGAGGAGAGCGCUCGGUGCCCGCUCUGCGGGAGGACCGCGGCGCAUAAAGUUGCCCAGGAUGCCCCGCUGCUGGGCAGUAUCGUCGGAAGAGUGAGAGAGCUGGCGGCGAAGAGAGACGCGGCGGCGAAGAGAAAGAGGGAGAGCUACUGCGCGCUGCACGAUGAGAGGCUGGAGCUCUUCUGCCAGGAGGAUGGAGAGGCGAUCUGUUUCGUCUGCGCCUGUUCCCAGCGCCACCGGUCUCACGCCAAGACCGCACUGGACUGUGCCCUGCGGCAGUACACGGAAAAGGCCCAGGCUCUCUGGCAGCUGCUCCAGACAGAACUGAAGGAGGCUGUUCAGUGCCAGUGUGACACAGAGCAGAGGAUAGCCUCCCUUCAGGAGGACCAGCGGCUGAUUCGGGAGAAGAUGGACGCGGAGUUCGCUCAGAUCCGGCGGCUUUUGGACCAGGAAGAGGAGGCCCUCAGGGCUCGUCUUCGGGAGGAUGAGGAGCUCAAGCGGAGCGAGCUGGAGAGGAGCCGGGUCCAGGCGCAGCAGGAAGUGAUGCGGUUAGAGGAAGCGGCCAGGGACGUGCAGGGGAAACGCGCUCUCUGUGACAGCCCUGCCGCGGUCAAGGAAGUUAAAGCCCUUCUGAACAGAAAUGACUGGACUUUCAAGAAACCUUUAAAUUCGUCACUCGGUCUAUUGGCAGAGGAGCAUGUGGGUCCACUCCAGUACAAAGUGUGGAUGAGGGUGAAAGAACUGAUUUCUCCAGGAUUGCAUCCUGUGACGUUGGAUCCUGACACUGCCCAUCCCUGCCUGCUUUUGUCAGACGGGAACACCAGCGUGAGGAGUGCUGGCGUCAAGACAGACGUCCCUGCACACCCGGACCGCUGUGAACACUAUCUGGACGUCCUGGGGUCCCAGGGCUUCGACUCUGGGAGGCACUACUGGGAGGUGUGGGUGGAUGGGAAGACGCAGUGGGAGCUGGGGGUCAUCGGAGCGUCUGUGGACAGAAAGGGGUUGUAUAAGACGGCCCUUCCCCGGAAAGUGUGGACCCUGCGGUGGAACAGCGGGAGCUAUGAGGCGUGUAACCAAACGGUCGUUCAGCUGUGUGUGAAAACUCGGCUGUGCAAGGUUGGGGUGUACCUAGACUACGACGAGGGGAAGCUUGUUUUUUAUAAUGCUGAAGGCAUGACCCUGCUCUACGCAUUUUCCAACCAUUUUCAGGAAACAAUCUAUCCGCUGUUCAAUCCUGGUUUCACCGAACACCUUGAAACUACAAAACCCCUGAAAAUCAUCAACCCUCAAUUUUAAUAUGUGCGUUUGGUCAGCUGAGUCUAGGACGACUGCCAAAUGGUGCAAGGAAGUCACCCAACCACUUCUUAAAAGAUUAAACAUAAUAGAUUCCAGAACAAACUUAACCAACCUGCCUGGAUAUUUUGUUCAAGGCAUGCUUGAUGUAACAACAAAUGACUGAAUGCAGCUCGAUUUCUGUCAAUAAAGCACCUGCUCUGCUCACUUCCA